AUGUUUGCCUUAAAAGGACAUGCAGGAUUUUAUGGAACCCCGGUGACAAAGUUUCUUCUUUGUCAUGCAUUUGUCACGUACUUCCUGUUCAGAUUUCCCUUGCAUCACCUUCACUACUUGUUUCAUUAUAACCAAGAUGUCUUUGCGAAACGACAGUUCAAGAGAAUGUGUCUGUCCAAGCUUGUGAUCCUCAGCUUACCAGAUCUUCUGUUUUCUUCAUUGCUCAUCUACAACUUUAGAAUUUUUGAAAGAAGAUUUGGUUCCAGAAAAUUUAUUUCACAUCUGAUCUCUACAACAGUCUUGGCAAGCCUGAUAGAGUUGUUGGUGUUUGCAGUCCUCAACAGAUGUGAUAUCAGACUGGGAGAGAUGCCCAGUGGCUUGUUCAGCGUCAUUUUCCCUCUGUACGUGCCUUUCUACAGCACCAUUCCUCGUGUGGCCUUAACAAAGAUUAUGGGGGUCCCUGUAACAGGGAAGACGCUCAACUAUAUUCUUGGUCUUCAGAUUGCCAGCUCUGAUGUGGAGAACAUCUUGGUUGUCGGCUGUGCAGUGCUUGCAGGACUUCUUUGGCGUUUGAAUUUCUUGAUGGUGCAGAACCUAAUCCAAGUCCCACGAGUUGUUGCCAACACAUUUGACCACUUACUGGGCAGGUUUUUGGACUCUACCGACUCCCAGGUUUCAUCGCUCCCAAUGGGAGCCACCCUAGAGAUUCAGCAGCGAGAGAGGAUGGACAAGCUGGAACAACAGAUGCUGGCUACAGCCAUGCAGGCUAGCAGACGGAUGGAGAUUAGCAGACCGCAGCCACUGACUCCCCAUUUCCAGAACACAGCCUAG